ACCACCGCCUCAGUGGAACUCCGCACACCGGACGGUCCCGGAUUCUUAACACAGGAACCAGUUUGUGUCCGUUUGAACAGUUUCUGGAGUCAUUUUUAUUUUUUGGGGGGGAUGUUUGUUCCCAGCUGCUGAACCAACGUGCCCAAAAAAGUGAUUUGCUGGCGACAUUUUUACACAUUAAAGUUGCAGUUUGGUGGCAUUUCACUCCAGUCCACGUGUUUCCUGCUGAGGAUGUCCGUCAGGUGAGCUGCUGUCCAGGUGAGCUGGAUGAGAUGUGCCCAUAAUGGCCUUUACGCACCGGCUCGCUCUGCUCCUGCUCGGCUUCUCCUUCAUCCACACGGUUAAUGGAAAGUUUCCUCACUGCCAGUUCCACUGGGAGAUGCAGAGAGCCAAGAGAGAGUGUGAGACGCAGCUGCAGCAACAGACGCCUGCUGUCACAGGAUGUCACGGCGAGUGGGACAAUUUCUCUUGUUGGCAGAGCGUGACGUUGGAUGAGGUGAUGACCCUCCCCUGCCCCUCCCCUGUCCUGCGCCUGUUUGGAAAGAAAGGUAACCUCAGCAGGAACUGUACAGAGGGCAGGCUGGUCCGACGUCUAUCCCGUCAUCACCAUCGCCUGCUGGUCCAACAACACAGAUGAACCCAGCGAG